AUGAUGGUCGAGGCCCGCUACACGUCCGUAUUGCGCAGUACGCGCAGCGGCAACUACUACAACGUGCCCAUUCAAUCCGGAGUGUCCACCCCGUCGACGCUUCCCAGCAAUUCCGACGACAGAUUCGAGAGCGAAGCCGUAGCGGCGGCGUGGGGCACGACCACAAUGCGACGGCUCCCGGCCGUGGCUAAACGCCGCGACCUCAACGCGGCGCUCGACAGCGUCGCACCAUCGAAAGACCCCACGGCUUUUCAGCUCGCGUUCGCCUUUGACUUGAAUAAACUCGUGGCGUCGCUCACUACGGGCUUGGCCAGUUCGAGUCACAAUUCGUCGUUCACGUCGUCUACACACAGUGGGGGCGAACCCGCUCCCGAGCCAAUCCCUGAGCUCUCGCGGACAGCUCUGUUGCCAUUAGGUGGCAAUGGCAUUGAGAAGCAGGGGACGCCGCUACUGCGUCAACGUCGACGACGUGGGGCGCUGUCAGGGGAAGAGGAUCUCGCGCGCUCGUACGCGGGUGCUACGACGAAGGCGAGUCCGCCCAAUAGUAUCAUCGCCUAUAGCUUGAAUAAGCGCAAGCAGAAGCGAUUAGCAGCCAAAGCAUUGGCCGCAGCGUCUGGAGUGCAUGGUCCGAACUUUGAGGUAGCAGUGGCGGAUGCUGGCAAGGAGCACCAGCCGCAGUACGUGCCACGAUACGUGCCUCAGUACCAGGGCGACGUGACGACGUUCGUAGGACCGCCACCGUCACGCCAUCGCGAGCUUUUCGACCUGGAUCAGCAGAGUUACGCACUAUAA